UAUCGCUGUGACCCGGCAAGAGGAGGACCUUUCCCCGCCGCGAGGUGGAGGCUCUGCCCGUGCCGUCUACCGGUCGAAUAUCAGAUGUGGUGUCUGUCUGGGCCGGAGACUUUGGAAAUGUGAGCGGAGUCUUGGCGGGACCUUCCUUCUGGACAAGAAGCUCCGUGGACUCAUUUUUCCUGCCGCCCGACAACUCGAGCCGAGCCAUGUGUGACCUGAUGACACCGUCUCCACCCUCGGAGAAAAUAGGCAAAAUGAGAAAGUUGAGGAGGACUUUGUCGCAGAGUUUCAGGGGUAUCGCAUUCAGGAAAGAAGAGAGCAGCUUUGAUGAGAUAUGUGUCACAAAGAUGUCCACACGCAGCUGCCAGGGAACAGACUCGGUCAUCAAACCCCUGGACACCAUCCCUGAAGACAAGAAGGUCAGAGUUCAGCGCACGCAGAGUGGCUUCGACCCCUUCGAGAAGCCCACCAGCCAAGUGAAAAGGGUCCACUCGGAAAAUAACGCCUGCAUCAACGCCAAGAGCUCGUCGUCUGGAAAGGAGUCUCCUAAACUGCGGCGACACUCCAGCCCCAGUUCGCCCACCAGCCCCAAGUUCGGAAAAGCUGACUCCUACGAGAAGCUGGAGAAACUGGGCGAGGGCUCAUAUGCCACGGUGUUCAAAGGAAAGAGCAAGGUAAACGGGAAGCUUGUGGCUUUGAAGGUGAUUCGCUUGCAAGAAGAAGAAGGAACUCCCUUCACUGCCAUCAGAGAAGCAUCUCUCCUGAAGGGCCUCAAACACGGCAACAUUGUGCUUCUGCAUGACAUCAUCCACACCAAGGAGACCCUGACUCUUGUCUUCGAAUAUGUGCACACAGAUCUGUGUCAGUACAUGGACAAACACCCCGGGGGUCUUCAUCCGGACAAUGUAAAGCUCUUCCUGUUCCAGCUACUGCGAGGGCUGUCCUACAUCCACCAGAGGUACAUUCUACACAGGGACCUGAAGCCUCAGAACCUGCUCAUCAGUGACACUGGAGAGCUCAAACUGGCCGAUUUUGGCCUGGCCAGAGCCAAGUCAGUGCCCAGCCACACCUACUCCAAUGAGGUGGUCACCCUCUGGUACCGUCCUCCAGAUGUGCUGCUGGGCUCCACGGACUACUCCACCUGUCUGGACAUGUGGGGAGUGGGCUGCAUUUUUAUUGAAAUGAUCCAAGGAGUGGCCGCCUUUCCUGGGAUGAAGGACAUCCAGGACCAACUGGAGAGGAUAUUUCUGGUGCUGGGGACCCCAACAGAGGAGAGCUGGCCUGGCGUUAACUCCCUGCCUCAUUUCAAACCAGAUCGGUUUACCGUCUACAGCGCAAAGAAGCUCAGACAGGCCUGGAACAAGCUGGGUUAUGUGGACCAUGCUGAGGAGUUGGCGUUUCGCUUUCUCCAGUGCUUCCCAAAGAAUCGCCUGUCGGCCCAGGCGGCCCUUCACCAUGAAUACUUCCACAACCUUCCACCGCGGCUCUGGGAGCUGCAGGACAUGUCUUCUAUCUUCACUGUACCAAACGUCAGGCUGCAGACGGAGAGCGGGGACAGCAUACAGGUGUGUGCGCGCCGGAACAGCCAAGGAAAGGUUUCUACUGGCAGCAAGCACUGACCUGAGGGAGCAACCCGUCACCGCUGGGUCGCUGCGGUUUAAGACGACGAACAUCAAGAAACAGAAGAAUCACAGAUAUUAAUGAAGCAAAUUAUUUAUUAUCUCCACGGCGUGUGUGUGUGUUCGUGCGUGCAUGACAGUCAAAAAUGGGCGAGUGGCUGCGUUACCCACCAUUUUUCAUUUUUCUACGGUUUGAAAGAUCCGAGUGUCUUGGUUAAAAGGGAUAUUCCAAUAUUCUGCAUUGUGUUGUUGUGUUUGAACUAGCCUCCUCUUUGAGAAUGCAUAUUUACAUGCCUCCUAUAAUCAUGUAUGAACAAUGUAACGGACAGUUUUACCAUUGCUUCUAACCAUAAGGCAUUUAUUCAUCCGUACUGCAGACAGGUGGCUCCAUGGGCAGGAGGACAGGGUCUUCUGUUGAAGACUAGGACUGUUGACGUUGCAUUGAAAUAGUACUUCUUUUUUGAAAUACACUUAUAUUCCAGUGGAUAGAGAGUGAGGCCACACGAUUCCAGGAAGAAUUUGAGACUCUUAUUCCGGUUGUUCCAAAGGCCUGUAGCCGUUAUGAACUCAGUGGUAUUGUUCUGAACCGGACUCUCAUCGACGUCUGAAGCAAUAUUGCUCGGUUGAAUUCAGAAGGUGCUGGAUCAUUUCCCCUCCAGGGGAGCACUUCCUCUCACACGAGAAAAACCUUCUCUGAAAGCCGAACAGAACUAAAGCAAACCUCUCCUGUUCUUCUCCUCCUCUGAUAAUGUGGUGAUUCCGUUGCAACAAGUGGGUGGAGUCAAGGGUGCAAGAGUGAUGCAAUACACUGUGCGAGGGAAUACUGAGAACAGGCAAUAGACCAGAGUGGUGCUUCCUUUGUGCUGCAUCCAAUGACGGAGAUGAAGAUGAAGUGAAGGACACCAUGGAGGAGUAGAUGCCCGAUGCCACGCUUGUUUUGGGGGGGGAUUCUUGUGUUAUAUGUACAAAUAAUAUAGAAGCAUGAAUAUUAUCGUCCAUCAAUCGAGUUGUUUAUAGUCAGCAAGACAUGGACUGAAGCAAUAACACUAUUGUUGAUGCUGUAUCUCCUGAUGCUUCGCUGGAACACGCCCCCCGCUGACCACACAUCAGGGUUCAGGACCUUGGACAGCACUUAUGAGAAAGGCCAGGGUCAGUGUGAGCUCAGAAAAUAGGACUGUUUCAUGAAGCCUCAUAAGUGCAUCACUAGUACAGGCUCUUAUUGCUCCAAUAAAAUGUGCGAGUUGCUUUAGUAAACUAUGAUUGGGACUAAAAAUAUUAAUAGCCAAUGAGGUUUCAUGAAGCCGUGUCUGCUUUUUUAGAGGCCCCUAGAUGGCGCUGUCUGCUUUAAAGUAGUUGGAUUUGAACAGCCAUUUGUAUUAGACGUCCAUUGAACCACACAGCACUUCCUAUACAACUCUGGUCACUGACGCUUCAUGACGCUUCCUCACCUCAAGGCUCUUUUCAGGACCUUCAGGUGGAGGAGCUUUUGAAAGCACUUUAGAGAAGCUACUGUACAUCAGUGCUAGAUUCCGGCUGUGUACUUGCUCCUCCCUUCCUGAUGACAGCUCUUACUAUACAUGAAGAUAUCUGCUCUUGUUUGAUGCUGAAAGCCGUGCUGGUUAUUGUCUCCCAGUCAAGCUUCACUCCAGAGUCUGGCGACUGAUAUGUAAACAGUUGCUCCUCAGUGUCACCUGUGCAGCGCAGAUAGCAUCCAGCUAUAAAAAUCACUCAGGCUUUUGUAUCUUCAAGGGACUGAGCACAGUGGUAGAGUCAAAAACAAUAUUUUUGUGAUGUGUCUGGAUGCUGGCUGGCAGCGUAGCUCCCCUGACGUCCGCCGGCUCCACAGGGUGUCGGUUUGACUUUUAUUGUCAACUAGAAUAAAGUGAAGUCCAGUGAAGGUGAAAACUCGUGAUGAACUUGCACAUGACUGUGGUGGAGUACUGUGGUAGGAAAAGAACAAAUAAUGUCAACGCCAACGUUUUCAAACUGAAUUCUUAUAAUGGAAUUGGUGUGAGAUGAAGUUUGUUCUUUCUGUUUCUUUUGCACUGAAGAAUGUCGUUGUCACAGGGAGUCGCUGCGUCGUACGAAAACAAUAUAAGAUUAACAGUCACAUGAUUUGUUACACCAUGUUGAUGUAAUUAUGGAAGAUAUAAUGUCCUUCUGUAAAUGUUGUUCAUGUUUUAUGCUGAAAAUAAAACUCCAUUAUAACAUGUCUUUGAUGCCUGCUGUGCUUGAUUCAUUUCAGCUGGGAAUACAUUUACAUGACCAGUUGAAUGAAUGUUUUGUUUUAUUUUCGCUUGUCUUUGCCAGCUAUGACAAAUACUUUUUGGGAAGUAGCUGUUUCCUGUAUUUAAAAUCAGCUGCAGAAAAAAAGACAAACAUGGUUUUAUUUCAUUUAAUGGAUCCAUUUGCCACGAUUGAAGAAAUUGGCCUGGUUAGUCC